AUGGCGAUGAACAAAAAGUGUAGCUCAGGUCGUCAAAAGAUUCCGAUCGAGAAAAUACCAAAGAAAAGUAAUUUGCAAGUUACAUUCUCCAAGCGCCGUUCAGGAUUGUUCAAGAAAGCCAGUGAACUUUGCACGCUUUGUGGGAUAGAAAUCGCCCUGAUAGUAUUCUCUCCAGCUAACAAAGCUUUCUCUUUUGGCCACCCAGGAGUUGAAUCCAUAAUCGAUCGUUACCUAGCUGCUCGAAAAUCUACUUCGCAUGCAGACCCAUCGUCAUCAACAGCAAUCACUAGUGCUCAUCGGAAUUCUAAUGUUUGUAAUCUCAAUUUGCAGUUAACACAGAUUCUUAACCAGUUGGAGGUGGAGAAGAAGAGAGGAGAAGAACUCGAUCGAACGAGGAAGGCGAGGCAGAGAGAGUUCUGGUGGGAGAGUCCAGUCGAUGAGAUCGGUUCAGUUGAUCAGUUGCAGCAAUUGAGGAUUGCAAUGGAGGAACUUAAGAAGGAUGUUUUAAGGCAGAAGAGUUUUGCGUCUUGUUCAUCACACAUUAAUUUCGGGGAAGAUUAUGGAUCGUUCGGACGUUACGAUGACGUCUUUGACAACAAAUUAUUAUUAGGUGGUGCUGAGAAUAUUAAUGUUGCUGCUAAUUCGUCCAGUGUUGUUCCUGAUGAUGCCUUUAAUAACCUUAUUUACCAAAACCACGACAUGGGGAUCUUUAAGUUUACUUCUCAGUUCUGA